AUGAUGAGGUUUAGGGAAAUGUUGGAGCGGGAACUGGACGCGGUCCUGCGGGUGGCCGAAUGCGUUCCUCAGCAGACUGAACAAGCUUUCUACCAGCUGGCUCUGAGCUUUGAGAGGUGCCGUAAGAAGUGGAAGGCGGCGGAGGAAGAACUGGCGGCCAGCCGGAACCUCCUGGCUGAGGUACAGCUGGAGAAGACGUCUCUGGAGAUCCACCUCAAACAUGCCCGACAUCAGCUGGACAUUGAGUUGAAGCGAAGGCAGAAGGCGGAGCUGGCUUGCGAGCAGCUGGAACGGCGUCUCCAGUUGGUCCAUGACAUGCUGAGUUCUGAGGGUCCAGCCUUGGGUCUGCAGGCUGAAGACCAGGAGAAUAUCCUGAAUGUUCUGAACAGCCACUCGGGGGCCACCAGAAGCAGGAUCCCCACAGUGGAGGAGACUCUGUUGUCCAACCUGUCUCACUCGGGCAUCAGCUACGACAGGACCAGUGACGAGAUGUUGGUACCAGCGACGACCGGUAGAGUGACCAGGCCGAAGAACCGGGAUAGGAGGUGCUCUGCGCGCAUCCUGGUGGACGGUGUUCCCCUCAGUGCCCGCAGGUCCCGCUCUUCCUCCGAGCUGUUCCUGGACCCGGCCGGAAGCCCAUCGGUCACACAGCCCACGGACAGGAGCCAGAGCCCCAACCACCCCAGGUCACCCCACCCAGUGGCUUCGCGGCGGAGACGCUCCCUUGUGCCAGAGCUGGCUGAUGGUGGUGUGAGAAACCAGCAGACACCACAGACCACUCCAGCGCCUCCAGCAGGGAUCCUAUUCUCACCGGGGGGAUUAUCCGGCCCUGAGAACAAGGCUCCAUCCAGGCCCCACAACUUUGUCUCUAAAACGAUUAUCCGUCCGGAAUCCUGCCUUCCUUGCGGUAAACGGAUCCGGUUUGGUAAGGUGGUGCUGAAGUGCCGUAGUUGCUGCCUGGUGUCUCACCCAGACUGCUGUAGACUGUGCCCCACCCUCUGCGCACCCAACUUCACCCUGACCUUGGUCAAAAAUGGAGAGGGAACUGUUGCUGACUUCGCUCCUCCAACAGCCCCCAUGAUACCAUCGCUUGUCAUUCAUUGCAUCAGCGAGAUUGAACGACGGGGGUUAAAGGAGCCGGGGAUUUACCGCAUUCCUGGCUGUGAGCGUACGGUGAGGGAGCUGAGGGAGCGCUACGUGCGAGGGAAGGGGCUGCCUGUGCUGAGCCGCGUUACGAACAUCCAUGUCAUCUGCAGUCUGCUCAAGUACUUCCUGCAUAAGCUGAAGGAGCCGGUGCUGACAUUUGGACUCCAGCCGAUGUUCCUGGCUGCUACCGACCUCUCUGCCGAGCACAGCCAGGCGGAGCUGUGCCGAGCUCUGGCCACCCUUCCCCGCGCCAACCGCGAGACCCUGGCCUACCUCGUCACGCACCUGCACAGGGUAAUCAGCAGCCCAGCAUGCAGGAUGGAUCAAAGGAAUCUGGCCCGUGUCUUCGGCCCAACGCUGGUGGGACACGCCAAGCCCGACCCUCACCCGCGGGAGGUGUUUGAGGACAUGAAACGACAGCCGGAGGUCGUGGAGCGUCUCCUCUCACUGCCCCCCGAAGUCUGGGGCCAGGUCGUGUCUAAGGCACCUACAGGAAGUGGGGCCAGUAAGCCUAGCCCUUUUGUGUAUGGGACUCUGUUCAAGCCACUGACCAGCCCUGAUGCAGCCAAGAUGGACCUUUCUCCUGGCUGCUGUCUGCCCCCCGGCUUGCUAACUGGAACCUCCUACAAGUUAUUCCCUUCACCAACCCCGAAAUAAAGUGCCUGUGAGGAACCUCUGCAGAGAGAACCUUGUCCCAACAGACCCUGGCACAUUCUGGAUUCUUCAUCUGUCCAGAGAUUUGUGUUUCCUCUCGAGUUUUACUCCAUGCUUUUCUGGGAUGAUUGGUCUCUGGAGACCUGUGUAUAGAUGGUGGGUGGGGAACAGUUACUCUGGUCAGUGUCGGACUGGAUUUUGGAUGGGGAGGGAGGGAUUGCUUGUUGAAAGUUUAUGCUCAUUUUCACUGUCUAAGUGUAAAAAAUAAAGUUUCAUUCACUUUCUUUUCCCAGAUCUCAGUUAUGGGAUAGCGGCAGGAGGGUGGGCUUUGUGUGAGUUUAGACCUAUGCAUGAUAGCAAAGGGACUUGGGAGCCCUCAGGCACGAUUCCCUAAAGGUAAACUUGCAGGUUGAGGUGAUGGUAAAGAAGGUAAAUGAAAUGUUAGCAGUUAUUUCAGGAGGGCAAGGCUGUAAUGCUGAGGCUUUGUAAGGCAUUGGUCAGACCGCACGGAGUAUCGUGAGCAGUUUUGGGCCCCUUAGCCAAGAAAGGAUGUGCUGGCAUUGGAGAGGGUCCAGAGGAGUUUCAUGAGAAUGAUUCCAGGAAUGAAAAGGUUAAUGCAUGAGGAGUGUUUGAUGGCUCUGGGACUGUAUUCCCUGGAGUUCAGAACAAUGAGGCGGGAAGGUGGAGGUGGGGGGUAACCUCAUUGAAACCUAUCGAAUAUUGAAAGGUCCCAAUAGAGUGGAUGUGGAGAAGACGCUUCCUAUGCUGGGGUAGUCUUGGUCCAGAGGGCACUGCCUCAGAAUAGAGGGAUAUCCAUUUAGAAUAGAGAUGAGGAGAAAUUUCUUUGCCAAAGAUGGCUGGGCAGGCCAAGUCAUUGGGUAUAUUUAAAGUGGAGGUUGAUAGCUUCUCGAUUAGUUAGGGCACCAAAGGUUCUGGAGAGAAGGCAGGAGAAUGGGGUUGAGGGAUAAUAAAUCAGCCAUGAUGGAAUGGCGGAGUAGACUCGAUGGGUUGAAUGGCCUAAUUCUGCUCCUAUGUCUUAUGAGUGGGCUCGACUGCUGUGGGACCGAGCAAGGGAAAAACUGAGACCUCACUCCUGGUGUGGGCUGAGCUCCAAUGACAGGAAGUCCAUCAGUGUACCCUGCAGUCACCUCUGGGCUGGGCUAUUUCUCAGAGUACCCAUGUAACCACUGGGGGGGGCGGGGAGCGGGUGGAGAAUGGAUUAAAUAUUCCACAGGGUUCGCUGGAGGGUCGAUGCACCUCACCGUCUUUGUGUGGGUUUCUGCUCCUUCCACGCUCCAGUGAUUCAUCCAAACAGGACCCACUCCCAUCAGGGAAGAGGCUAUGUAGGAUCCACACCAGGAUCACCAGUCUCAGUUAGUUACCCCAAGCAGUAAUGCUGAUCAACACCUCCGCCCACUAACCCACCCCUCCACACCCUCAACCACCACCACUUUAUC